GCUAUGACUCUGAAAAGAUCUUUGAUCCCCGGUUCGCCGUUCUGUUGUCCCACUGUGUUACUCGUCACAGUCAUUCAGACCUGCGACAAGGAUUUCUGUUUGAAGACAUCUUUGAAGAUUUCGAAAAUGGAGCUCUGUGCUCUCUGUGCUUGCGAUUGGAAAGGAAUGCUGAAGCAUUGUCGGUUCUUCCUUCGUCAGAGGAGUACUCGCUUCUCUCGAACAAUUCCAAGGGGAAGCUACCGCAGCUGUUGCAUUUCGUCGCACUGCAGAGGUUUGUCACUUCUUCAUUGGUUCAAACUCUGACUCGCGUUGACAAUCUUCUUCCAGGUACAGAGUUGGAAGUUCACACUACCACUUCGUCAGAAGCCGUUGCAUUGAGGCCUAUGAUAAAGAAUGUGAGAGUGCUGACGCUUCCGCACUUGGAGUUUGAGUAUUGCAAUGUUUACAGGGGGACCUUCGGGAAGACGUUGCCUGUGAUCCACCGUCAUCCCGAUGCGGUAGUGAUUCUUUGGAAUCCAAGUGAUCAUGACCAUGUCUUCUUUGUGACAAUUGCUCAGCUCCUUCCAUGUCUUCAGGAUAUGAAAGCAGACAAUUGGUCCAUGAUUGUGUUUUGGAAUGAGGUGAAAGGUCAAGUACCGCAGCAACCUCCAAAUGACGAUGAUGGCGACUAUCCAGGCGGCACCUUUGUGCCAGUACCGGAGGAUGACAGUGAAGGCUUGGUGUGCCUUACGAUUCGGGAAACAACGACGGAGGCCAUCCACCAGGAGGCGGGAGAAGGGAAUGAUCCUUCCACUCUCUUGAAUGAUUUCCAGCAUGCCGAGCACCGUGAGUUCGCUCCGACUUAUUCUGAUGUUGGUUUCAGGAUCCCUGAGGAUAGUGAUCCCAGGAGCAAGAAACCCAAGCAGGAUGACCCGGACUACGCUGCCAAACUCAUGCUACACAAUGCUUUCUGUUCGGAAAGGGAUGUGUGGGCUGAGAUUAAGGCAGUUCGUGCGGACUUCUCCACGGUGGUCUCUGCAGUUUCCCAGGCCUACGGGCAAGAUUUCUUCAGCUACGUCCAGAAACAUUGGGAGAACCUCGAGGUCCGACGCAAAUACAAGAUCAACACUCCUGAGGGCUACACCUUGUACGAUUCCUCACUCAAGGAGCCUUGGAACGCGUCACUGGUCCUUGCAGCGCUGGACAAGCAGUUUCGAACGAUGGGUACGCCCUCCUUCACUUCUGCCUUCGCGAAGAAAGCUCACGCGGAUCUUAUUUCGUAUGAGAACCUUCGUGCCCAGUGUGCUCGUGAGAUUGAUGAAGUGGACGAGCCCAUGGAACAAGCUGGCGGCUCUGCUGAAGCUGCACCAGCGGACUCUCCCUCUGGAGAGAUGGCUGGUGAAGCAAAACAAGAGCCUGAUUCCGGUGCACCAAUGGAGACCGAUGCGCCAGAAGGCUCUCCCUCUGGAGAGGUAUCUGGUGUAAAGGUCGAGGAGCCUGAACGUUCUUCGUUCCCGCCUUCGGCAGCUCCCGAUGAUGUGCGCGUGGAAGAAGCCAGUGAGUCAGGCGACCACGCUACGGGAGGCUCUCCCUCUCAAGAG